AUGGCCUCCAAUACGAGCUUGAAUGCAGUCUACACCGCUCCUCAAUCCACUGAGUCCUUUGAGCAUGUGAUCUCAACCACAACCGGCACACUAGCGGACAAGCAAGCCCACCUAUCAGCGUUGCAGUCGCUCGUACCCAAGCUGCAGGACCAGAUCAACGUCUUCCUCACGGAGCGCAUGGAAGAGGAUAAGAAAGUGCAGGGUCAGAUUUCAGCACAGGAAGCUAAAGAGGAGGAAAAUUACGGAGAGGAGGUGGUUGAGGACGAUGCAUGA